CGCAGUAGACAAUAGCCCAGCUCUACCGGUGGACUCAUUUCUGUGUUAACUGUAAGUUUGUUGGAAACAAAUCGGUAAAAUAUCUUCCCAAAUUCAUGGCUCUAGUGUCGGUGCUGGAUUAUGAGCAGCGUGCAUUCGAGAAGAUCCCGCGCAAUGCGCUCGAUUACUAUCGCAGUGGUGCAGGAAAUGAGCUGUCCAUGGGCCUGAAUCGAUCCUGCUUCGAUCGGUUACGCAUAAGGCCGCGCAUGCUGCAGGGCAGUGCCGAGCGGGAUCUAUCGUGUACCGUGUUCGGUGAGCGGUUCACGAUGCCGAUCGGCAUUUCACCAACCGCUAUGCAACGGAUGGCACAUCCUGAGGGUGAGGUAGCGAAUGCCCGGGCGGCCGCUAGCCGCGGUGUAGCCUUUACGCUCAGCACCAUCAGCACCAGCUCGAUCGAGGAGGUAGCGGAUGCAACUCGCGGUUCGGUCAAGUGGUUCCAGCUUUACAUCUACCGCGACCGGAAGCUUACGGGGUCGUUGGUGCGCCGUGCUGAGAAGGCCGGUUUUCGUGCCAUUGUCCUGACGGUUGAUGCACCCUUGUUCGGUUUGCGUCGAGCCGAUUUGCGCAACAAGUUUUCACUUCCGGAACAUCUAACUAUGGCCAAUUUCGUGGGAAAAGCAGCGACCAGUGUACGUAGCCAGGGAGGUUCGGGGAUCAAUGAGUACAUUGCCGAGCAGCUCGAUCCGGCCUUAUCGUGGGACGACGUUAAAUGGUUGCUCUCCUUCACCAAGCUUCCGGUCAUUGUAAAGGGAAUACUGACGCGAGAAGAUGCCCUGAUCGCCGCCAACCUGGGUGUUCAGGGAAUUUUUGUUUCUAACCACGGGGCGCGCCAAGUGGAUUCUGUUCCAGCGUCGAUCGAAGCGCUACCGGAGAUAGUGAAAGCAGUCGGUGAUCGAGUUGAGGUGUUCCUUGAUGGCGGCAUUACGCAGGGUACGGACGUGUUCAAGGCUCUCGCGCUCGGGGCACGAAUGGUUUUCUUUGGACGUCCAGCGGUGUGGGGAUUGGCCGUAGAUGGACAGCGGGGUGUGGAGAGCAUAUUGGAUAUACUGCGAAAAGAGCUGGACCUCACGAUGGCCCUCGCUGGUUGCCGUACGAUCAAGGAUAUCACAUCCAAUUACGUGGUGCACGAGUCCUUCUACAGUAAACUGUAAAAAAACCGAGUAAAUUGUGAACUAAAACAGGAAAAGAAACAGUGAAAUAUAUUACCAAAAACUAAACUUUCAAACUGUUGAA